UACUGUCCAUAUCUCCCUGUGCCAUUAUCCAGCUUUUUUCAGCCACAGCAUCUGGCUGUAAUUUAUUCAGACUGGUGUGGUGACACAGAGGGCGGGAGAAGAUAAGGAGGGGGAUAGGAGUAGAGUGCAGAGAGAGAAAGAGAGAAAGCGAAAAGGGAGGCAAAAAGACACAGGAGUUAUAGUGGGAAUGGAAUAGAGAGGCAGUGGGGAGAGGAAAUAGAGGAAGAAUUUCAUAGUGAGGAAUCAUUGCGAGCAGACCUAAGAGGGGAGUGUUAGUAUUUUGGGUUUCUUUGGAUUCUUCAGAGGAGUCUAAUUUACAAAGAGAAGCCAUGCAGCAAGUCCUACAGACAUAUCCUGAUCUCCCUCCAUCCUCUGACCUGGAUCUAAUCUUCCUGAAAGGAAUAAUGGAAAGUCCAAUGGCUCAUGAGCGAAUGGAGGAGACCCGGCUGGAAGCUGUGCGGGAGAAUAACCUGCAGCUGGUACAGGAGAUCCUCCAGGACAUGGCAGGAGUAAGGGAUCCUAGUGGAACAGCAUCUGAGCUACAGAGGAUCCUACAGGAACCUCAUUUCCAGUCACUUUUACAGACUCAUGAUUCCGUGGCAUCCAAAAAUUACGAGACUCCACCUCCAAGUCCAGUGCUGGAUCCUACCCUGAGCAGCCAACCAGUUCCACCCGAUGCAGUGCGAAUGGUGGGAGUAAGAAAGAGCGCAGGGGAGCAUUUGGGAGUAACUUUCCGAGUUGAAGGUGGUGAGCUAGUAAUUGCCCGUAUCCUUCAUGGCGGUGUGAUUGAUCAACAAGGCCUACUGCAUGUGGGCGAUGUGAUUAGGGAGGUGAAUGGAAAGGAAGUAGGGAGUGACCCACAGGCUUUGCAGGAAAUGCUACGGGAUGCCAGUGGAAGUGUGGUGCUUAAAAUACUUCCCAGCUACCAGGAACAACACCCCCUGCGACAGGUAUUUGUGAAGUGCCACUUCAGCUAUGAUCCUUCCAGUGACAGUCUGAUCCCCUGUAAGGAGGCCGGCUUGCCUUUCCGAGCAGGGGACCUUCUACAGAUCGUCAACCAGGAAGACCCUAACUGGUGGCAGGCAUGUCUAGUGAAGGGUGGUACGGCUGGUCUUAUUCCCAGCCAGUUACUGGAGGAGAAGAGGAAAGCAUUUGUUAAAAGGGAUGGAGAGCUGACCCCGAACUCCAGUGCUCUUUGUGGAAGUAUUGGAGGAAAGAAAAAGAAGAGGAUUAUGUACGUAACCACUAAAAAUGCAGAGUUUGACCGUCAUGAACUGCUGAUAUAUGAAGAGGUUGCAAAAAUGCCCCCCUUCCGCAGAAAGACCCUCAUUCUCAUCGGUGCACAGGGAGUAGGGAGGAGAAGCCUGAAGAACAAACUGCUGACAUCUGAUCCAUUAAGAUAUGGCACCACCACACCAUACACCUCUAGGAAAAGGAAGGAAGGAGAGUGGGAUGGUCAGGCGUAUUCCUUUGUAUCACGUGCAGAGAUGGAGCAAGACAUAAAGGCUGGCCGGUAUUUGGAGCAUGGAGAAUAUGAGGGCAAUCUUUAUGGAACAAAGAUCAGCUCAAUACAGGAAGUGGUGGCAUUAGGAAAAAUGUGCGUCCUGGAUGUCAAUCCACAGGCUGUGAAAGUCCUCAGGACUGCUGAGUUUGUACCAUAUGUUGUGUUUAUUGGGGCUCCAGACUUUGAGACCUUGAAAUCAAAUAAUCAGGGUGCAGUGGAGGCCGGUUUGACAGCCAAGGAAUUAUCGGAUGGUGAGCUUCUGCGUAUUGUAGAGGAGAGUGAACGUCUACAGCUAGCCUAUUGCCAUUAUUUUGAUCUUAGUUUGGUCAACUCGGAUUUGGAUCAAAGUUUUCAGGAACUUCAAGUGGCCCUGGAGAAGCUGCGCACUGAGCCCCAGUGGGUCCCUGUCAGUUGGGUCUACUAGAACUCUUACUAUCCUCAUACUCAGUCAAUAACCGAUUCCUAAAGCCAGGUGACAGCAGCAAUUUGGACGCACAUCUGGAUUAUACCUCCACCAAAAUCUUGCUCCUCAAUUUGAACACACAUUAUAUAUUCAGUUGCCAUCAUCCACUUCCUAUAUUUCCUCUCUCAUUCUCUGUCUUGUUGAUGGUGUCUACAGAUACCCACUAUUUACAUAGCUGGCCCUAGGUGGGGUAAAGGUGUGUGGUUUACUGUGCAUCUCCCAUUAGUAGCAAUUUCCUGAAAGGUUGUAUUCUAAAAAUAAUUUUCUCUCACAGUGAUAAUGUUGUAAACUCAAUGAAGUGGUGUUAUAUUCCCUUAGAUAUAUCCAUUGUGUUUCCUAAUAAAAGAGAAGAUUUGUAGGAGUAAAAGAUUAAAGAAGUAAUCUGCUACGUGGAGGAUGUCUAUCUAUAGGACGUGAUAGAUAUUAUCAACAUGCAUAAUGCUGAUACUGUAUGAGAAUGUUGAUAUGGUUGUAAUGCUUGGCAUGUUGGCAUUGACCACACCAGUAUUUAUCAUAUCGACACCAGUGAAAUGUCAACAUAAUUAGAAUGUUGACAAAACAUUCCUGGUGGUCUAGUGGUGACUUACCUGGUUUGGCAGGUCCUGUGGCUCGAGCAAGAUCUUUCGAGUCAGGCUGAUGAGGGCUUCCGGCUGAUCUUGCAUCACUUCUGGCAGCAAGUAUAACCCUAGCCCUGCCCCUAGUGCCUAACCCAAACCCUACCCUUCCUGUAACCUAACCCUAACAAUACCCCCAAUGCCUAACCCAAACACUACCCUUCCUGUAACCUAACCCUAACAAUACCCCAAUGCCUAACCAAAACCCUACCCUUCCUGUAACCUAACCCUAACAAUACCCCCAAUGCCUAACCCAACCCCUACCCUUCCUGUAACCUAACCCUAACAAUACCCCCAAUGCCUAACCCAAAUCCUACCUUCCUGUAACCUAACCCUGCCCCUAGUGCUUAACCCUCACCCUCCCAUAGCCUAACCCUAACCCUGACCCUAGUGCCUAACCCAAACCCUACCCUUCCUGUAACCUAAUCCUAAAAAUACCCCCAAUGCCUAACCCAAACCCUACCUUCCUAUAACCUAACCCUCACAAUACCCCCAAUGCCUAACCCAAACCCUACCUUCCUGUAACCUAAUCCUAACAAUACCCCCAAUGCCUAACCCAAACCCUACCUUCCUGUAACCUAACCCUAACAAUCCCCCCAAUGCUUAACCCAAACCCUACCCUUCCUGUAACCUAACCCUAACAAUACCCCCAAUGCCUAACCCAAACCCUAUCUUCCUGUAACCUAACCCUGCCCCUAGUGCCUAACCCUCACCCUCCCAUAGCCUAACCCUAACCCUGCCCCUAGUGCCUAACCCAAACCCUACCUUCCUGUAACCUAACCCUAACAAUACCCCCAAUGCUUAACCCAAACCCUACCUUCCUGUAACCUAACCCUAACAAUACCCCCAAUGCCUAACCCAAACCCUACCUUCCUGUAACCUUACCCUGCCCCUAGUGCCUAACCCUCCCCCUCCCAUAGCCUAACCCUAACCCUGCCCCUAGUGCCUAAUCCAAACCCUACCUUCCUGUAACCUAACCCCAACAAUACCCCCAAUGCCUAACCCAAAUCCUACCUUCCUGUAACCUAACCCUGCCCCUAGUGCCUAACCCUCACCCUCCCAUAGCCUAGCCCUAACUCUGCCCCUAGUGCCUAACCCCAACCCUACCUUCCUGUAACCUAACCCAGACCCUGUCUCUACUGCCUAACUCUCACCCUCCCAUAGCCUAACCCUAACCCUGCCCCUAGUGCCUAACUCAAACCUUACCUUCCCGUAACUUAACCCUAACUCUCCACUGCCACACCCUAACCCUGUCCCUCCAAACCCUGCAGAAUUUUGACAUUUCACAUGUUGACAUUGUGAAUGUCAACAUUCUGCAGAUGUUGACAUGUUCAAAGUCGAUAUCUCGACAAUGUAGACAUCAUAACUGUCGACAUUGUCGUGUCAACAUUAUGAAUGUCAACACUGUGAAUGUCAACAUUAUGACUGCCUCCCCUAGCUAUAUGCUAGAUAUGAAUUAUGUUAUAUUAUUUCCCAGGGUAUGGAAGUAGACCUAUACUUUUUUAAAAAAAUCCUUACUAAACAAAAAAAUCACUAAAAAUUAUUUUGUUCAGUUCAGUACUUAAUAACAAUGUUUAGAAUAUAGUGCUUUUCUCCAAAAGGACUGAAAACAGGAAAGAGACCUUAUUACAUAGGAAGCAACUAUCUUAGGUGUAAUACAGUGAUUGCAGUGGUUGAAUAUAAAAUCUGAAAUACAAAGUACAAGAUACUAGAUAACCACAGAAUCACAGUUCAUAAUUGUUCAUCCCACCCAUAAAAGUACCAAACUAGGCAGCCAUCUUGAUCACACUACACAGGUUAUAUUGGGUGGGAUAAGCAAUACGUGGAGAUGUAAUUACACUUUGGUUAAGUACAACAUCCAAAAUACAAUAUAUAAACACAGAUUAUCAGUUCCUGUGGGUUGAUUUUCCCGCCCAUGUAAGAAGCCAUCUUGGAUGUAUUGCAUAGCUUGCAAUGCUUGAGAUUGUAACUGCAGUAUGUGGAGAUAUCAUACAUCAAAUCACCACUGAUACACAUUGGGGAACAUUUGUAGUAGAGUAGACAUAGUACAAAAUCAUAUAGGUCAGUAAACAGAAUAUAAUGCCGGAUGUGGAUAUGCUCCUGAUGAUGGGUUGCUGAAAGAAGUGGUGAUUAUGAGGCAGACUAAGUUGAGGAGGUCUAGAAGUAGAUUGUGUAAUGGGUGCAUAAUUUGGAGCUGGGGGCAAGCUGGUGAUGUGAAAGUGUCCUCGAACUUUGUGGUUAUAUGUGAUGAAUAGGCUCCUCAAGGGUGAGACUACACUGACAGUGAGCCCGUAAAAUAGCCGUAUUACCCUUUCUGCUAAUUCAUUUUGCUGCCAGUCAGUCUUUCCACCCUUUGAUACAUGGGCCCCUUAGUCUUAAAUUGUUGAAGAAAUUGCAUUAAAAAAAACAGAAAUUUAAUUUGUUUAAGGAACAUUUUGUAUGUCUAUUGCAAAUAUAUGUGACACUGGGUGUACGACAGGAGUAAAGGAGGAGUAAAAUGACAACAAAGAACAUUCAUUUAAUUUUGCUAGGAAUUUGAUCUGUUUUGAUCUGUUUCUGAAAUCUUGAUAGGAUUAAGAAAGGCUAACUACCAGUCAUCAUAGGCACCUUAUAAUAUUCAGCAAGUCGAGUAGGUUCUUUAUGGGUACCCAUCACCUCUAUACAGCCAUCAUGUCACUCGAUCCAUAAGAAGUAGUCUAUUCUAUGGUCCACCUUUUUAAAAAGUAAAUUAGAUCCAUUGUUCUAUAAAUGAAAGUAAUUGAUUUCUGAAAAAUUAUCACAAAAGCUAGUGGUAGUGAUUGAGGAGCAGGGCUGAGGGAGGAAAACAGAGGUACUGUAUAGAAACUGAUGCAGUCAGUAUUGCAUCAUGUACAGUACAUUCAGAGAAUACAGUUUUAUGUGGUAGUAAGCAGCACAGAAAUAGAGCAAGUAGAGGACAUUAGAAGAUAAGGUAUUGCUUUAUAUGAGAACAGUAUUAUACAUACUGUAUUUAUUGAUUAGCAAAAAAUAAGAAAUGACAGAAAAUUUGGGAGGUUGAGCUAUAAAAUUGUGUGUAAUCAAUGUUCACACCUAUCCCCUAAUAAUGCACUUACUAGUGCUUAAAAAGCCUAUUUCAUGUUUACAGUUUUAGAAUGUAGUUCACCCAGUUCCUAAUUUUUUUUGUGGCUAUUAGUUUUUAAUAGAUUGCAUUGGUAAAUGUGCAACACAUAAAAAGUAUAUGGAAUAUGCUUUAGAUAUGUAUUAUUAUUAUUAUUAUUAUUAUUAUUAUUAUUAUUAUUAUGUUUUUUAUUAUUAUUAUUAUUAUUAUUAUUAUUAUUAUUAUUAUUACAUUUAUUAUUCAUCUAAAGUGUGCAUUAUGCAUGAGGAAAGUUUAUAAGGUAUUAGCUCCUGUGUGAACAAGCCCCAAGUCUCUAUCUCUCUUGUGUUAUGUUGUCCCUAUUUAUUUAUUUAUUUUAUUUUUUGUCUAGAGUGUUGGAAAGCAGAGGCUUCUGUAUAGAUAAUAUAAGUAAAUUUUUUGUUCUAAAGAUGUUGAAAAGGAAAUUCUUUCUUGCAGAAAUGUUUUUAUAGUAUAUACUGUACAUUGGCCUGUCAUGGAGUAAAGAAUAGGUAUUAUUUUGGUCAGUAUUAUAAUUGCAAUGAAAGUCUUGAAGCAGUCUGACAUUUACACAAAAAUAUGCAAUGAUCACACUAAUUGUUUUGUCUAACAUUGCGCAGAGCAGAGGUACUGUACAUUGCAAUGACGUCAAAUAGAUGUACACUCGGCCAUAUACUGUUCUAAGAUUGCACAGUUGCCAACAUUCUAAAAUAGUUCUAAUAGUAAGGUUAAUCAUAAUCACACUGUUUAAUACACACACACACACACACACACACACACACACACACACACACACACAUACAUAUAAUAUGUAUUUACAAUUUCCGAGUACUGCAACAUUUUAAGUUUAUACAUGUUGUUAAUUUGUUAAUUUUACUACAUGUUUUAUUACAUUUUUCCACAUUAUUUGUCAGUCUAGCCAAAGGUGAAUUCUUCUGCCAUACGUUUACUAACAAGCUACUGGCUACUGUAUGUAGGUGAAUGAUGACUGUGGUGAAGUGACCUCGUUUAGAAUCUACCUGUCUUGUUUUACUUAAUAACUCCACAGCAAAACACUGCCAAAUAAACAUGUAUGGUUUUUAAUUCUCCAACAUAUAUCUCCCCAAUAUAUAAAUAGUUAAAUCUUUUUGUGUAUUCGUGUUCUGUGCUGUACAUUUCUGAUUAAAUAAAAUAAUAUAUAUAUAUA